GUCGGGCUGCUUGUUGUGGAGCUUGACUGGUGUUAGCCGCCACUCACUGGUGAUCCACACGUCCUGGUCUUCGGGUCAACGUUCCUCCAUUAACAACACAGCUUGUGAGUGAAGUGCGUCCGUGGUUGUCGCUGUCACGACGGUAUAUCACGCACCGGCGACGCUCCGCUCCGGUUCUUCGGUAUCGCCAAGCUAGCUAACGGCACGCUAGCAGAGCAGCACCAGGGAUGGCAGAGGUUCCCGGGACAUCCAGCGAGACGAUAACGGAGACAGUACAGACGAGCACACCGCCGCCGCCCCAGCAGGAGGGACGAAGCUUGACAAUCAAGCUGAGGAAGAGAAAGACUGAGAAGAAGGUGGAGUGGUCCAGUGACACCGUCGACAAUGAACACCUGGGAAGAAGGUCUUCAAAGUGUUGCUGUAUCUACGAGAAGCCCCGACAGUUCGGAGAGUCGUCCUCUGAAAGCGAGGGAGACGACGACGACGAAGGCUGCGGCAGCGCCCACUGCAUCCUGGGCCACGGCAGGAGAGGUCACGGACAGAGGGGGGGCGGGGGGGCCACGGUGCCUCCAAACUCUGGAGGCUCACACAGCCACUAAUGAGCACCACACAGUGACACACAAAACUGCACUCUUGUUUUAGUUUAGCUCCAUCACUGGCAAACCCGAUGCUGUGUUGCAGUUAUGAGUCAGAAAGUCCCGGCUGCUGGAGCAGAACCACGACGUCUGCGCUGCUACUCGGCUCUGAGACGCGCAGAGCUACGUCAUGGAUGAUUGAAUUAGGCUAAUUGAAAACCACGCUCUCCUCUCAACAUCUAAAAGCAUGCUCAGUGUUGUGCUGAAUAACAUAUGUAAUGUGGAAUGACGGCUCAUUUUCAGUUACAACGUAGACGUACUCUGAUAAUAAAGGGUAACUUCAGUGUUUUUUGCAUGUUUUAUCCCUUUUAAAAUGCAUCACACGCCAUAUGCAGUACAUUACUGUUGUGCAUUCCCAAAGCAUGUAAUAUAAGGGUAGCUUCUCAGAUGCUUUUCUGUUCCCCGGUCAGUCGUCAGCUUCUAUUCCUUUCACUAUGCUAUCACAAUAAACUCUAAGGUUUCUAAUCCGUCACAUGGAUCUUUAUGCUUUUGUUUUAGCCGCCCGUGUUGUGUAGAUUAAGGUCGUAGCUGAUGAGCAGCUCAUCUGCCAAAUAGACACAUUUAUAAAAUUUUUGUGUACGAAGUGGUAAAAAACCAGAAAAAAGUUUGGAGAAAGUUUCUUGUGAGAAUUCAGCAGCAGCAGAAUAGACACAAAUCAUUUUUAUGACAAUCAACUUAUUGAUGGUGUGAUUAAUUAGUUCACUGUAUUUCAUUUUCUUCAAUUUAUUAGAUAUUUUGUUUGGAAUGUCACAGAAAAAACAGGCACAUUCUGAGUCUUACAGGGUCGUGUUUAUCAAAAAAGCUAAAUAUGAACUUAUUGGAUUUGACUGUUCAAACAAUCAACAUUUUUCCAUUAAUCACGUGACACAUUUUGCCCUGUUUUCCUUUCCAUAAGUCACACGCAUGUGCAUCACAGAACUAGGAUGAGCUACAGGACUUGAACAAUACAACUUCUUAUUGUGAUAAUGAAUGGCUGCCAACGACACACAGACCCAUCAGCAGUAAUGGAAGAUCACCACUUGGCUAACACAUAAAAAGCACCAAUUACAGCACCACUAUAAUCAGAGUGGACUCGGUGCCUCUAAUGCGAUCACACUGCAGCAGUAGAGUGGACUUUCUGACUGGGAGGCAUCUCUGGAACACAGUACAGUGAGAGUUUUGGAGCUAGAGAGGCAAUAAUACGCUGUCCGGCUGUCUCAUUUCCUUUGGUAAAGUGGCAGAGUUCAUGUAUGUAAUGCAGCACAUUGUUUGUUUAUUUAAAAAUGUGUUUUCUGGUUUGAAUUCUGCUGAUGUUUGACAUGAAGCUGAUCACAGUAACUAGCCUUUAUGUGAGGAUGAGAACAGACCCACAAAGAUCUCACUUUUAUUUUGAGGUUUGCUGUUUUUGAUCUCUAGGUCAUUUUUACUGAUAUUUUUUGGCCUUUUUUUUUGGCUUUAUUAGAUAGGACAGAGAGAGACAAGAAAGUGGGGAGGAAGGGUCAUGAGCAGGACUUGAACUCACGACACGGGACGCCAGCUCCUCCAGGUGAGCUGUAGAUCAGUUUAAAAGAUAACACAGUCUUUGUGAUGAGUGCUGACCAACCAUAUUUGGCAGUAUCCUAGUUACAUGCUUUCAUCACCCCCCCGUAUUUUCUGUUAGACGUUAGUAACCAGCGUUAGGAUCGGCUAAUUUCAGAAAGUGUAUCUGAAGCUGUUGUCAAAACCACAAUAACUUCAGCCUGAAUCUUCACACGUGGAGCGUGACUUCUAGAUGCAGCACGAAACGUUUUCAGUCAUCCUCAGAUAAAAAUGACUCUUUAUCCCACAGACUCAGCGAAAUAUUUAUUUGUUAUUUAGGAUUUUUGUAAAAUCGUUGAAUUUUGAUUUUCACAGUAAAUCAUGAAGGAACCAUGUGAAUGAUCAGUGAUGCAACAUGGCUGUAGCUGUAGGAGGAGGUGACCACGUGUUGAUCUGGACCACUUGUUUCCAAACACUGACCUGCAUACAAAUAAAGUGAUUCAUGAAAUGUUCUAAGUUGAGGAAAGUUUAAACAUGUUCCUGGUAAAUGUGUCACGAGCUGGUCUUUUCAAACCUUAAACAUCAAUUCUGUCUCAGAUCCAAGUGUUUCAGGAUCAUUGUUAUUUCAAUCAGAAAGUUUCCAGAACUGGGACCAUUCACAUUUUCAAUAAAUUAAUUCCAAAUAACCCAGAAGAAAAACUAAGAAUCUAAAUGGAGCUUUUCCUUUAAAGAUACAUAUUGUUUGUUUGUUUGUUUGUUUUUAACAAUUUACAAUCACAAAUGUAUAAAGGUGUCUCCAGGAAACAUCGUCUUUGACGUUGGUAUUAAAAAACAGUGGGAGAGAGCACAUAUAUUAUUGAAUUAUUAAAAAAAAUGUAAAAUGUGUAUAAUCAUCACAGUUUAUUCACAGUAAAUACGUGUACAUGUUAAAAUACACCUGAAAAAAACACUGCUUUGAACUUGGUUUUAAAUGCUACAGUCGAUCCAGGACAUGAAACAAGCAUUUCAUCUCUAUGCUAGCUUUAGCAACUGUUUUUUUGUUGUUGUUGUUUGUUCGAGAGGUUUAUGUUGGUUAGAAUUCAAAACUGAUUUAUUAUAUAUAUAUUUACAGACACAAUUGAUUGGUGUAUUAUUGAGUAUUUUUGACAUUUUCAAAUGUGAUGGCCUCAAACAUCUGUUAUAAUUCUGACUAUGGUGGGAAUCUGUUUGAAUAUCACUCAUUUGAAAUUAUGCAUCUUUAGCCCUGAAAUCAUUCCAGCCAAUCCUGCCUGUGCUUGUUUUGCUUUUUCCUCAUGUUGCUGUGAUUUCAUCGUAAUAGUUUGCUGUCAAGAGAUAGCUUUAUCCAAGGCUGAAAUGCUGGACAUUUGCCAAACUGCAUUAGCUGGAUUAAGCUUAUCUAGAUAAUUAUAUCUGGUUAAUAUCAUGUAAGCCUGAAUUUGUCAAACUACAUAUGAAGAAAGAAGGCCUCAGCAGUUGGCAGUUGAUGUGGUUUGGAGACAAAAUAUAGCAAGUCAGAGUUGUAGCUCUGUUAAAAUCAGCUACCGAAGUUAAAGUUUAGCUUUUAGCCUUAGCUGUAAUAACGUAACCAUAAAUAUCACUCUGUAUUUUUUCUUUUUUAUAUCUCUGACAUUAGAUUUGAUAAAACCUCAUUACCAGACUCAUCAUUGGUAUUCUUACCUUAGAAAUCCUCUUGGUUGGUUGGUUGGUUGGUUGGUUGGUGGGUUGGUUGGUUGGUUGGUUAAUGGUUUGAUUGGUUGAUUGGUUGGUUGGUUGGUGUAUCCACUAGACAAUUCUACAAAGUAAGACCCGUUUUAGCAGAAUAGUUUUGUGGAGCUCUUUCUUUGCAGGGGCUGUUGAUGAAUGAAGGGAAGUUAGAGGAUGGUUGUGUUGUAAACAUUAGUAUAAGAUGGAUUAGUAAAAGAAAAGACCAUUUUUUAGAUGCAUUCAUUCACUUAACUCCUUGGAUGAAGUACUCACAGGCUCCCAUUAAAUUAAAUUAAAUUGAAGUCAGACAAUAAAAUCUACAUUUCCCUCUGAACUUUAUUCCACAAUGAUGGAUAUUUGUUCUUUUCCUGCUACGCUCUUUGCUUUAUGCUGUCUGGUGAAUCAGUGUAGACACAGCGCUGUUCCAUGUGUGGAGGUCCAGUCCUGACCCGGGUGUGACUGGAUCACAGCUGAUAAGGUUUACAGAGCAGAACAGAUGAGGGGAGGUUGCAUGACUGCAGACCCAGGCAUUGUCUCAGCUAUGACCAAAACUUACCUGAUACACGCUCCAUCAUCAUCAUCAUCAUCAUCAUCGUCAUGUGACAGUACCGUGUGUUAUACUCCGUUCAUUUAUGCCACCACUUUAUGUGCACACAUUGACAUCACUACAUAUGUACAUUGUUCUUAUACUGGCAAUACACCUUCCUGUAUAUACUACUGACAUGAUGAAAACAGAUUUAAUGUUAAUUAAAGUUUUGGACUGUGAUCAAAAA